AUGUUGAAGGGAUCCCACACUGUCUUCCUCGUCACCAACUACUGGGAGAUUAAGAACCCUGAAGUCGAGUUCUCCGAAGGCAAGAAUGUCGCCAAUCUCUGCAAGGCCGUUGGUGUUUCCAACCUGAUAUUCUCGUCUCUCCACCAUGUCGCGGAGGAGACCAAGGGCCGCCUCAGCCAUGUUCCUCAUUUCGACAGCAAGGCAAACGUUGAGAAGCAUAUUCGUGCUUCGGGCGUCGAAUGCAGCUUCGUUCUUCUAGGUUACUACAUGAGCAACUUCACCCAGAUUCUCAACCGUGCUCAGGAUGGGUCGUACCAACUCUUCUACCCAGUUGGAAAGCAAGCACGGUUCCCUCUGUUCGAUGCUUCCCAAGAUACAGGUCUCUUCGUGAAAGCUGCCAAAAAACACCGCGACCAGUUGAAGGACAAGCGAAUUUUGGCCACUGUCAAGUACUACGGCCCCGAGGAGAUCGUGGACACAUUCACCAAGGUAACUGGCAAGAAGGCCGUCUUUAGCAAAGUCUUCCCCUAG